AUGGCGCGUCGUUCGGCAAGGCUUCAACAGGUAAGUCCGGCGCCCACACCAGACCGGACUGCGAGGGCCGGAUCGAAUGACAGCUGGGAAACAGCUCAGUCUGAGCAAGAGCAAGAGCGAGUCCUCGACCUGCCUUCAGUGCGCGAGCUUCCGGAGCCCGUCGCGAAGACGCCGCAGAAGCCCAAUGCCGCCCCGCCCAAGUCUGCCACCAAGCUGCCCACAGCUAAGCCAACAGGGUCGCAGACACCGCUGAGCAAGAGCACAUCCUCAAUGCUACUGGCUGCAGCCGCAUCGGUGCGCACGCCUACCAAUCGGACGCCUAUCAAGCCCGCCGGCGACGAGAUGCAUCCCGCGCUGCACCACGCGAGCACUGCGAAGCCGCUCGACGAAGCCCGCUGGCUGGGCUUCCAGUCGCUGGGCGCUCAUGCUGCGCCGCUUAAGACAGCUGGUCAUGCGCCCGGCACGCCCUCGAAGACCCCCGCGCCUGCGUCCACACAAAAAGCGCCUGUCCUGGGCUCUUCUCCCAGCAGCUUCCGCUUCCAGCUCAAGUCGCCCUUCUCAAAGGCCACGGAGACGUCCAAGGGCGGCGACCUCAGCCCAACCACACGUAACAUCCUCAAGGAACCAGCCAUUGCGCGCCCCAAGGCAGCGCCAAAGGGCAAGAUGGCACGCUUCAGCGACAUCCACAUGGCCCAGUUCAAGAAGAUGGAUUCGGUUGCGAACCACCCUUCAGCAUGGCGCCUGAAGAAGACGCCUUCGAAGCCGGACCUGUCCAAGCCAGAGACCAGCAAGCUAAAGCGUACACAGUCGAAGAUGGACCUGGCAGACGCAGCAGAGUCCGCCAGCAAGAUUCCACCCACGCCGCUCAAGCGCACUCAGUCCAAGGCCGAUCUGGCCGGCUCUGGCUUGCCGCGCUCGCACUCCACAGUCCGUCUGGUCGCUUCUCAAGACAGCUCCAACGACCCAGCGCCGAAGCGCGUCAAGCGCACUGAGGUUGACGACGCCGCAACCACACGGCCAGCGUCGCGCGACAGCAACACGGAAGCAUCGUCAUCCAAGCUUCCAGUCCCGCCGCGCAAAAUCACAUCUCAGACGGCCCUUCCUCGUCUUGCGGCUAGGCUGAUGACACCGACCAGGUCUUCCAUGGCACGUGUCCAGUCUCAGACGGUCAAGGCUACAAAGACCACUAUGAUCCCACAGUCUCCUUCUGCAAGGAAUCUGUUCUCGCCGACUCACAUCGGCCGUUCUCUGCGAGACGGUGCGCGUGAGAGCAUGCAGCAGGCGAAGCGCAACUUGCAACAGGUCCGCUCCAUCCUUCGCACCCCUGGCCGCAAGUUCUCGGAUGAUCCAGCCAAGAUCGCUGCCGGUACGCACAUGUCUCCUCCACCGGAGUCGGCUUGGGAAAAGGCGCCCACCGCAAUUCCAGCUACCGCGCCCGUUAAGAAGCAGGUCAACUUCAGCAACAGCACACUGGCCCGAGCCGCGCCCGACCCCACAAAGUCGCCCUCGCCCAUGAAGUUCCGUGCUGGCAGCGAGAUCCCCGUUGGCGCAGUUGCGUAUCCCAGUCUCGGAUCAGGUGUUGAGUAUCCCAAGCUUCCACAAGGCGAUGCGUCUCCUCCUGCGUCUCCCUCGCGCCGUCUCACCUUUGGAGGCGAGACCGCAAACCACCCACGCAGCUUCUCGUUCGAAACAGGCAAGCCUGUCAACUUUGGUCCAACAACUACCGGCACCAUCCGCAUGGUUCGCAAGAGCGAUGCUCCCUCCAUCGUCCAGAGCACGAAGCGCAAGCUCGAGACUGUUCAGGAGUCUUCGGACAAGGAGAAUGACGAGCGGCUGGAGAACCCUCGCUCCGCAAAGAAGAUGCGGCCAACACCUGCUGCACCAGCAACACCUGCAAAGGUUCCUGCCAGUGCAAGCAAAGCACCUCGUCGCACCCCCGGAAGCGCCAUGAGCAAGUCCAGGCUUGCUUUUCUUGCCACGCCCAAGCGCAGCAAGGCCUAG